AUGGUGGAUGACAGCAACGAGGACAUCAACCGGAAACACCACACUAUUCUCGCUCGGGUCCUCACAGCAUGCGCUCGCCUGCUCCGCUCAUCAGCCCAAAGAUCCACUUCGACAUCGCCGUUCAAGACUGAGUCCUCUUUUCGGGACGCGCCUCUGGCAGACUACCGAGAAAAUUCCAGCAACAAUCCUGAUCGAAAGAACGAAAUGAACACCAAAGUCACGGGAGAACAUGGGUCGUUGCAACAGACCAUCGAAGACGGCUCCUUCUGGGAGAUCCCCAAUGUGGAGCUCCUCCAAUUGAUCAAAGCAGAUUUCCCGCAGGAACUGGAACGACUCAAGAAUGCCACGUUUCUCCGGAACACGAACACGUCUCGCCCGGCAGCACCUUCGAUUUCAGAAUCGUUGUUUGGCCAUGAUUAUCCCGAGAUCAAUCGUACGCUCGUUGGUGUUUUGGCUCUCCGCUGGAUCCACACAGGUGACUACGUGACUUUUGUGGGCACACAGGCACCGCCGGCCGUUGUGCUGAAACGCGAUUCCUUUAACUGGCUCCGCGGUCUCUUCGAAAAGGGCCUUAGGUCCGCAGAGGACACCUACGCGCUCAUAGUGUCAAUGAUCAUCAACGACUUGGGCAAAGAUCCCAGCCUUGCCACGGACUAUGCGGCACGGGUCGGAGUUGAUAUCUCCAAGGUUAAUCAUGACAUGAUACUCUCUUACGCAGUCAAGGCCGGAAUGGUUCCUGUGCUGGAUCGCCUGACGGAGCAAGAUAAGGAUUAUCUCCUCUUGGGCAUCAAAUUGGGGUCGGACUUUAAUUUCGGGCAGCUGGCACAAGCCGAAAAUGCACCAGCUUCACUCUCGGGACUUGUGGAAAUGCGAGGUCACGACCGAGCCUUUGAGAUGCGGUUUAUGGAGCAAAUCCUCGACCUUGCGGGAGCCGCGGGACACGAAGACUGGACUUGUGCCAAGAAGAUGAUUGAGCCGAUCUUCCAGUCGUAUAACAACGUAUACGACGUUGCCCACGGCAUCAUCCAGGCACGGAUGGGUGUCAGAGAAGGCUACGACAUCAUUCUGAUCCGAAAGCUGGAACUGCUCCACAGAGCGGGCUAUUCGCGAAAACUGAACGUCAAAAAGGAAGCCGAUCGUGCUUUGAUGCGACUGUUCUGUCUGGGCAACACGUCGAGUCCAGAGGAAGCUGAGGUGUUCCAUGUUGCCUUGACGGAGCGUAUCUCUGCAGCCGUGCGGGAGAAGUUGAUCCAGGGCCUCAAUGUGGAUGGGUCAGUUGACGCACCAGCUGUGCAGCCCACCUAUAUUCCAGCAAUGCUGACCAAGGCUUUGGGAAAUACACCGAGUGGCACCCACAAAGACAAGAUCAGGGCUAUCACGGCAAUGCUGCGAUAUCUCACACGCUGCAUGACGGUGGAAGAUUCACGCUUGAAGAAGCUACCACGAGGUGUGACAGUGAUUGAAAGAGACGUGAGAAAGAUCGGUCCCGUUCUGGAUAGCGAAGAGUUUAGACACGAUCCAGAUAUCCUUGACCGGGAAGAGAUUCCGGAGGACCAAGUCGCAAAUAUGGCUCGAGGAUAUUGA